GUCAACAACGCAGUCAGCAUGAGAAUAUUAUUAUUAAUUUCAAUCAUUUAUUUAAACUAUAUGCGCGAGGCAACAGCUGCAGGAUCCUGUCAUUAUUUCAGUGAAAAAAAGAUGGACUAUUUUGAUGCCUUGUUUACCUGCCAGAAAAAGAAACUUUGCCUGGCCGAUUUCAAUACACAAGUGUUAAUGAACGAAAUUGGCAGCAAGCUACCUGCAUAUAAGCGAGAAGAUUAUUGGUUUGGUCUAAACGCAUACGAGAAACCCACUUUUAAAUAUGUAUCUAAUUUGGAGAACAUGGUUUUUAUGGCGGAGGGCGCAACGCUUGAUUAUAGCAAACCUUGUGCCUAUCUAACUCCCCGAGCUAACACGGCCUACACUUUCAAUUCAGCUCCGUGUUUUCUGUAUAAGCACUUUGUUUGCUCUGAAGCUGAAAUGUGCAAUGGCAUAGCAACCAAAAGCGCCUUUAAGGCAACAGUCUCGGACGAAUUGCCAUGCGAAAUGAGCGAUGAAGUAAGAGAAAUCUUUGGCUUGCCGGAAAUCAAAAAGGUAAGAACUGGAAAGAGUACAGGUUAAUUUUCAGUAAAAGACUGUAUGAAAAAACAGGAAGAGUUGCAAAAGGAUUAACAAAGACAAAAUUGAAACCUGGACAAAAUUGUAAAUAAAAU